AGUGGCUGAUUGCAGCUAACUUCAUGCAGCGCAGACGUGAUGUGUGGAAGGCAGUGAAUCGUGGACAGUGUAUAACAGAAACCCAGUAUUCACAGUGGGUUUUUUAAGGUUUAAUUGGCUGUGUUACGAGAUUCAAACCAGUCCUUCGCAAUUAAAGACGAUGUGUUUCUCUGACAGCAGCCGCUGGUGUUUUCGCGUCUACGGUUGCUAGCUAGCAGUUAAUACAAGCUAACGUAAAGUCGGGGUCAGAAUUCAGGAUCAGCGGUAGUCCUGUUUGACGGCGAUUUUAGGGAUUAGUGCAGUUCCAGACGUCUGUGCGUCCGGUACUGCUCGAUUUACCAGAGGGACACAAAAUAAUUAGCUAAAGGCUAACGUUGUACAGCUAGCUUAUAUGGUUUAUAGCAUUCCUCAGUGCCACGGCGCCGUCGUGUCCACGUCUCGUCUGCCAGCUGAGCUAGGCCACGUCCCUGCGGGCGUAUUUCACUUACUAACAUUGGACGAAUUGCAGUGAAGAUGCCUAGUGAGCGGAAGGAGGAAGGAGAGCAAAGAUCACUAGAAAUGUGAAGGUCCUUUAGCGUUCAUGACUGUCUGUUAAACGUCUGGACUUCCGAGCGCUUGCCGCAUAUACACGGCAUGUCACGUAGACGGAUGUGUUUCACACCGGGAGAAUAGUCUUCACUGAGCUCGUUAGGUUGCAGUAACAACCUGAAAUAUCGUUAGACUUUGUUUGGGAAAUGGUUGGGUUUGGCGCAAACCGACGGGGAGGUCGCCUCCCGUCCUUCAUCUUCAUCUUCUUGAUGGUGAUCAUCGUCGUACUGUCUUUCAACUACUGGACAGUGUCCAACAAGCACGGCCGCUUGCUGGAUGAGCUGGCGGAGGUGCAGACGCAGGUGAAGCGCACGGACGCGGCGCGGAGCCGGCUGGAGAAGCGGAACUCGGAGCUGAUGGUGCAGGUGGACACGCACAGGAAACAGAUCGACCAGAAGGAUGGGGACUACAACGUCCUGGAGAGCAAGCUCCAGGCCAAGGAUGCUCUCAUUAAAAAGUGCACAGAUGAAAAGAUGAAGCUGCAGGAUGAUGUCACAGCCCAAAUGACAGAAAUUCAGAGGCUUAAAGAGCAGCUAAGGGAGCUCAAGCAAGAGUUCAUGAAGCAGGAAGAGCAGCUAAGAGAAGUGAAGAAAAAUAACACUAACUUGGAAAGAAAACUGGAAUAUGAGAGUUUACAGUGUGGACGCCAGAUUGCACAACUGAAAGACGAGUAUGAAGAAGCAAAAAAGACUCUGGAGGAAGAAACACUAAAGCUAAGACAGAGUGCAGUGGAUGGUCACAAGAAUGUAGUGGGGGGUAGACAUGCAGAUACAGAGCCUGGUGUGGAGACGGCUGGAGAGCGCCAUACAGUGGCCACUCACCGGCAUGACAGACACUCUGAUCUGAAAGAAGAGAUGGGUAAGCCCGGCAGUGAUGCUGGCAUGCCUGGUAUUGAAGACAGUGAGGUGGGAAAAAUCGACGAUGUGCAGUUUGGCUUGAAGAAACCAGCCAUUACCCAGAAACACGACGAAGCUCCGGAUGUGGUCGUGGGAGCCGGUGCUGGACCUGGCGUCGGGGGAGCUGAUGGUCCCGGAGGCCAGGGCAUGUUGCUGGACCAGCCCGGACUCCAGCAAGACAGACUGGAUGGCCGAGCCGUAGUGAUUGCACCUCCAGGCAUCAACAAACAGGGAGACAAAUCAAUAGUGUUUGAAGAAGACAACAAAGUGGGUAUCAAGGCAGACGAGCUGGGAGAACAGCAAAGGCAACUUCGAGUUCCCAGUGAUGUCAGAGUUGAAGGUGAACACUUGAAGAGGAUUCCUUUGCCCCCCAACCCUGCCCAGGUGCCCAACCCCAUCCAGCUUCACCACGCCAAAGACCAAGUUCCAGCAGAACCAGUACACCACCGCCAAAGCCGAUUCUUUGAUGAGAACGAGUCCCCAGUAGAUCCGCAACACGGCUCUAAGCUGGCGGAUUACAAUGGGGAUGAUGGGAACGUGGGUGAGUAUGAGGCUGACAAGCAGGCCGAGCUGGCCUACAAUGAGGAAGAGGAUGGUGAUGGUGGGGAGGAAGACGUUCAAGGUGAGCCAGGCCGGGGGAUUGGACUGUUUGUCCAGAUGUUUAUCCACCAUUCCUCCUUGCUCCCUCCCUCCACCCCUGUCCUGCCAACCUGCUGCAUUUAUCUUAAGUAGCUCACAGCAACCCUGAGUUUGGUCUUUACGUCAUCGUAAAUACAGAUAUUUUAAAAAAAAAUGUGGCAAAAAUACCUGAGGAUCAAAGCAGAACUGCUUUGUGUGCAAUUCAGGAGAAUUGCAUAUUUUUACUCGGCCUUAUAACAGUCUUAAUACCCUCUUAUCUUAUGUAGAGGGAGAACUUGACCCAGGAACUUACGGUUCUGUGAGAGUAAUUGAGUGGUCAUCUAGUGUUUUCUGUCCUGCCUAUGUUUCGUUUUAGCUAAACCACCUGUCUGUGCCCACCAAACAUCUGACCUACAUCUAGCCCAGUAGAUAUAUAUAUAGCUCACUGUGUUCCUGAAUGUGUCUGUGUUCUCCUUGAAAUAUUGAAAUGCAUGUCCAUGUUUUGUUUGUGUGUUUUUUUUUUUUUUUUUUUUUUUUUUAUUGUUUGUUUUUUCUCUCUUUGUUUUGAUUGCCCUUUGGAUUUUAAAUGAAAUUGCACUAUUUCAUACCAAAACUACAAUAGUAUUUUUAGGGAAAUUGUGUUUUGCUUGAAUCUAUCAAAGGAAAAAAUAAUUGUAUUUCUGAUCUGCCAGUGCUGUGAUUGGCUGUUUUUUCAUUUGUCUUACAUACAGAUACAUAUGCCAAAACAUGAAGUCUCUUAUAUAUACUUGCUAUUUAAAGUUACCAACAGGAAAGCUAAUAUCCUAGAAUGAUGUGGGUUGAGUUCCUUCUAAAAUGAACAAUCUGUUGAUAUAUUCUUGUACAUAAAUCAAUGUUGCUGAAGGGAAUCAGAGAGGGCUCUGUAUUUUACACAAUUCACAGAAGGUUGACAUCAACAUCCUUUAAAGCUUAAAGUCAGCACUACGAUGUUACAUUAUGGUGUCAUCCUCAUAUACCGGAGAUUAUUCAGAACACGUAGUAAAUUUUGCAUCUAUUUAAUUGUGCAUUCUCUAAUAUUUGUGUUUCUCUCUCCUUUUUUGCCCUCUAGAUGAUGACGAUCGAGAUAUGCAGGGAGAUCGGGCUGUGGAUUAUGGGAAAAAAAGACAUCAAGCCAACGACAUUCUUUGAAUGGAAACUCAUACAAUCGUAUCUCAUAAAAAACACAUUCAGACCCAUCUCCACAAGUGAGAUUUCUCUUGACAAAAAAACAUCAGUAUGUCUAAGAACUUUUAUAGGUUGCAAUCUCAAUGUCAUGGACUAUUUUGAAGAACAGACAUUGCAGCUAAUGAAGUAAUUCUAAAUAAUGUAACAUACUAUGAAAAAAACACACAAGGCAUUUCCCCAAGCUGCUGUUAAUUUGCUAAUGGCUUUAAGUUAUGACAGUAGAGAUAAUAUACUGUACUUUGACUGUUGAGUAUUGAUAACUGCACCGGCUCAUGCCGGCCCUAAUGACCCACAUCUGAACUUCAAGGACAGACCAUGUUUUGGUUUAGCUACUCUUCUUCUUCUCACUUUGCUGUUGCUUGGUACAAACUCUUCAUCUGAGAUGUUUAUCAGAGACUAAUUUGGCAUUCUGCCUUUCUAACAUAAUCGUGGGACUCUUAUAUGGAAAACUUUUCUGUUUGUUUGUUUACAAGAGUGGGAAUACAUUACAAAUGCCAAGGACUCUACUCAUGGCCUGUUGAAUCCGUUUCUUACUUUGACAGACUAAAAAGUGCUUCUCUUUUUUUCUUUUUUUCUUAAAUGAUGCCAUUGCAUGCAUUUGAAACUUUUUAUUAAUCAAAUUGAGCAAAAUACUCAUGCUUAAGCAAUACUUAGAACAAUGUUGGUGUCCUACACAGUGUGAUUAACCAAGCACAUGUGGAGCUGACAUACUGUACAAAUGCUUCCAUGAAUGAGGUUUCUGUGAACAUAAAAUUAGUUCUGUUUGUGCAACCAGGAAAAUUGAUUUCUCAUGGAAAGGCACAGUGAAUGUAAUUUUAUUUUAUUAAAGGUGAUGCUUCAUGUCA